UCUCUCUCUGCCCCUUUGUCGUCUUCUCUGUAAGAUAAUUUCCAUGUCUCGGUGCCUUAAAAAAACAGGAGUUCAAAGAACACAGACACCGAACAACAGAUACUAGACGAGGAUAAGCGUGAUUCUGUCCUUCUGGGUAAGAUCAGUUCUUGUUUUUUCUUCAUAAAGACCACUUUUUUUUAUUUUGUUUCUAUGGAUUUGAUGGUGUCCCCAAGCACUGCACAAGAAGGGUUUUGCUCGUUUCAUCAAUUUCAUCGGGAUUGCAGCAGAAGUGGUGGUCUAGUUAUCGUCUUAGGUAGGGGAAGUGGCAAUAGGGUUAAGAUUCCACAAGGGUCAAGGAAAAAGACCAGGAAUGUUCUUGUCUUCGCCGUUUCCAGGGUUGAGAGUUUUGGUCUGAACGGCAAAGCUCAAAAGUUUCAGAAAUCGAUCUCUGGGCAUAACAACAGUAACGGCCACACAAAUUCUCUAAACUCUUCUCUUGUAGCUGAGGAUGUCGAAAGCAAUAACCAUUUGCGGCGGCUGGUUAGGAACGGUGAGUUAGAUGAAGGGUUUAAGUUCAUGGAGAACAUGGUUUAUCACGGCAACGUUCCAGACAUCAUUCCGUGCACUAGCUUGAUCCGAGGGUUUUGUCGAAUGGGCAAGACGAGAAAAGCUGCCAAGAUCUUGGAGAUUCUCGAAGGCUCUGGAGCUGUGCCUGAUGUUAUUACAUACAAUGUUAUGAUAAGCGGGUACUGCAGAGCAGGGGAGAUGGAUAACGCCUUGUCUGUUCUCGACAGGAUGAGUGUUUCUCCUGAUGUUGUCACUUACAACACGAUUCUUCGUUCUUUGUGCGACAGCGGGAAACUAAAGGAAGCCAUGGAAGUUCUUGACAGGCAGUUGCAGAGAGGAUGCUAUCCGGACGUGAUCACUUACACCAUAUUGAUCGAAGCUACCUGCAAGGAAAGCGGGGUCGGGCAAGCGAUGAAGCUUCUGGAUGAAAUGAGGAAUCGAGGGUGUAAUCCCGAUGUCGUGACUUAUAAUGUUCUCGUGAAUGGUAUCUGUAAAGAGGGGAGAAUUGACGAGGCGAUAGAGUUCUUGAACACAAUGCCGUCUUUCGGGUGCCAGCCUAAUGUGAUCACACACAACAUUAUACUGCGGAGCAUGUGCAGUACCGGGAGAUGGAUCGAUGCAGAGAAGCUUCUUGCCGAUAUGCUUCGAAAGGGCUGUUCACCGAGUGUCGUCACUUUCAAUAUCUUGAUCAAUUUCUUGUGCAGAAAGGGUUUGCUCGGUCGAGCCAUUGACAUCUUGGAGAAAAUGCCCGAACACGGGUGUUACCCGAAUUCCUUAAGCUACAACCCGUUGCUUCACGGGUUCUGCAAGGAGAAAAAGAUGGAUCGGGCCAUCGAGUAUCUUGAACUAAUGGUGUCUCGUGGCUGUUACCCCGAUAUAGUUACAUACAACACUUUGCUUACAGCUUUGUGCAAAGAUGGGAAAGUCGACAUUGCGGUCGAGAUUCUCAAUCAGCUGAGCAGCAAAGGAUGUUCUCCGGUCCUGAUAACUUACAAUACCGUCAUUGACGGGCUGGCAAAAGCCGGGAAAACCGAAAAAGCGAUGAAACUGCUCGACGCGAUGCGUGGGAAAGGUCUAAAACCCGAUACGAUAACGUAUUCGUCGCUUGUUGGAGGAUUGAGCAGAGAAGGGAAGGUGGACGAGGCGAUCAAGCUGUUCCACGAGUUUGAGCAGAUGGGUGUCAAGGCGAAUGCAAUAACAUUCAACUCUAUAAUGUUGGGACUGUGCAAGAAACGAAGGACGGACAACGCGAUCGAAUUCUUGGGCUACAUGAUAGAACGGGGGUGUAAACCGAACGAGGCGACAUAUACGAUUCUGAUAGAAGGAAUCGCGUACGAGGGUUUCGCGAAAGAGGCUCUGGAGCUGCUGAAUGAGCUGUGCAGAAAGGGGCUUAUGAAGAGAAGCUCCGCAGAGCAAGUCGCAGUCAAGAUGUAGUAUGAGUUUGGGUUCUAGCAAUCGACUGUAGAACAUUUCAUUACCUUUCCAAAUUUUCCAGAAGAAAAAAAGAUAUUGUUAUUGUUUCUAGGUACCCGAAUUUUCCGAUAUAUUCGAUCUCCCUCGGGUUUCUUGAUCAACCUACCCGUUCUUGACCUCGUGAAGGCCGGGUAUCCAACGCAAAACCACGCAUUCGAUUCUUCUCCAUUCUCGGUUUUCACAUCUCCAUUCUCGAUUUCCCAGUGUGAAAAUCCGAAUCUCUUCGAUGUGAUUCGUUACUUGCAAUACUUUAUAUUCA